CACUGGUGUCUGGCUGGCUGCGUCCUCUGGCUUCACCCCGAGGGAUAUUUUCUUGUCAUGUGGCUCUACCUGGUGGCCCUCGUGGGCCUUUAUCACCUUCUGCGUUGGUACCGUGAGAGGCAGGUGGUGAGCCAUCUCGAAGACAAGUAUGUCUUCAUCACGGGCUGUGACUCGGGCUUUGGGAACCUGCUGGCCAGACAGCUGGACAGGAGAGGCAUGAGGGUGCUGGCUGCCUGUCUGAUGGAAACGGGAGCCGAGCAGCUGAGGAGCAAGACGUCAGACCGGCUGGAGACAGUGGUGCUUGAUGUCACCAAGACAGAGAGUAUUGUGGCAGCCACCCAGUGGGUGAAAGAGCGUGUUGGGAACAGAGGACUCUGGGGUUUGGUCAACAAUGCAGGUGUGUUCCAACCAUUUGCCUACCUUGAGUGGCAGAGACCCAAGGACUACAUGGCCAUAUUUCAAGUAAACCUCAUUGGUAUGGUCCAGGUGACUUUGAGUAUGCUUUCCCUGGUGAAGAAGGCUCGGGGUCGGAUUGUCAAUGUCUCCAGUGUUUUGGGAAGAGUCGCUUUGUGUGGAGGAUUCUACAGUUGCUCCAAGUAUGGGGUUGAGGGAUUUUCAGACGUACUAAGGCGUGAGAUUCAAGAUUUUGGGGUGAAAGUCAGCAUAAUUGAACCUGGGAGCUUCAAAACUCGGAUGACAGAUGCAGAGUUAAACAUCGAGAGAAGCAAGAAAGCCUGGGAGGCAACCCCCAAGCAUAUUAAGGAAUCCUACGGACAGCAGUUUUUUGACAAUUGUAAGUUUGUGUGUGUGUGUGUGUGUGUGUGUGUGUGUGUGUGUGUGUAGUAUGCUUGCACCUGU